AUUGGAAUUGCCAAGCAAGCGAGCGAGUCUGAUUUGUGAUUAAAAUUUAGUGGGAAAUCGAUCGAUCCCGCACCCAUCCGAUGCUCCCUCUCUUUUCCGCUCCCACUUGCCGAUGCUUCUUCGGUUUCUUCCGCGGCUAGCCCCGCCCCGGUCCGUCCCCCCUGCCCCUUCUUCUUCUCCUUCUUUCCCACCGUCAGCGGCCGAACUCAUCAGGUCGAUCCCUCUCACUCCACCUCUCUCCUAGCUUGCGCCGCGUCUCCUUCUUCCCUCCAGGUGCGUGCCAUACGAGGACGAGCCCGCUCCGAUUGGUUGAUCGAUCGGUUCCCCCGUCGGUUCUUUGCUGGAUCGAUUUGGUUCUGUCCGUCGCAGUUCUUGCGGCCUCCUCCUCCUGCAGGGCUGCAGGACUGCCGGCUAUUCUCCCGCCAGGCUCGAUCGCCUUGAACCCGAGGUGAUGCGAGGUUGCUGAUGCUCUGGAAGGAUCUCUUCUCCUCACUUGGUCCACUUGGUCCGAGCCGCCGGCGCCGCCGCCGUUUCAGACUAACCCCAUUAGGCGGCGCUAAUUAAUCUUCCACCUGGACGCGGGCUACCCCUGCAGCAGCUGCAAUGCGGCCAAGAUUGCAAUAGGAAGUUGCUCGCCACAUGCUGGACCGGAUGGUGUCUCCGAGAUUCAGAUGCGGAGGAGGAGGAGGCCGGCGGCGGCUGGUGCCGCUGCUCCUGGCCCUGGCCCUCCUCGCGCCAGCCGUGGCCGUGGCGGCCGGCGACGAUGACGCGGAGUACGCGCACUGCAACUGCGACGGCGGCGGCGGGGGCGGCGGGUUCUGGAGCGUCGAGAACAUCUUCAAGUGGCAGAAGGUGAGCGACCUGCUCAUCGCGGCCGCCUACUUCUCCAUCCCGCUCGAGAUCCUCUACUUCGUGGCGGGGCUCCGCCACCUGCUCCCGUUCCGCUGGGUGCUGGUCCAGUUCGGCGCCUUCAUCGUGCUCUGCGGCCUCACCCACCUGCUCACCGCCUUCACCUACGAGCCGCACGCCUUCGCGCUCGUGCUCCUGCUCACCGCCGCCAAGUUCCUCACCGCGCUCGUCUCCUUCCUCACCGCCAUCACGCUGCUCACGCUCAUCCCGCAGCUGCUCCGUGUCAAGGUCCGCGAGAGCCUGCUCUGGAUCAAGGCCCGCGAGCUCGACCGCGAGGUCGACCUCAUGAAGCAGCAGGAGGAGGCCAGCUGGCACGUCCGGAUGCUCACCCAGGAGAUCCGCAAGUCGCUCGACCGCCACACCGUGCUCUACACCACACUCAUCGAGCUCUCCAGGGUGCUCGACCUCAGCAACUGCGCCGUCUGGAUGCCCGCACAGGACAAGGCCGCGAUGCACCUCACACACGAGCUCCGGCGGGGCGGCAAUGUCGAUGGCCUCGUUGCCAUUGCGGUGGACGAUGCCGAUGUCGUCGAGGUCAGGAGGAGCGACGACGUCAAGCUGCUUGGCCCGGACUCCGCGCUUGCUUCGGCGAGCGGCGGCGGUAAGGAGGACACCGGCACCGUGGCGGCCAUAAGGAUGCCCAUGCUCAAGGUGUCGGAUUUCAAGGGCGGCACGCCGGAGGUGAUCCAGACCAGCUACGCCGUGCUGGUGCUUGUGCCCCCCAGCGGCAAGAAUUGGGGCGCUCACGAGCUGGAGAUCGUCGAGGUGGUCGCUGACCAGGUGGCCGUCGCGCUCUCGCACGCGUCCUUACUAGAGGAGUCGCAGGCGAUGCGAGACCGGCUUGCCGAGCAGAACCGCGAGCUGCUGCAGGCGAGGCGGGACACCCUCAUGGCGAAUGAGGCCCGGGAUGCGUUCCAGCAUGUCAUGAGCCAGGGAAUGCGGCAGCCAAUCCACACCAUCCUCGGCCUCGUGUCCGUGGUGCAGGAGGACAACCUCACGCCCGAGCAGAAGCUUGUCGUCGACACCAUGGGGAGGACGGCCACCGUCGUCUCGACGCUCAUCAACGACGUGAUGGAGAUGUCCGCCACCAACCGGGAGCGCUUCCCCCUGGAGACAAGGCCAUUCCCCUUGCACUCCAUGAUCAGGGAUGCCGCCUGCGUUUCGAGGUGUCUCUGUGACUUCAGGGGGUUCGGCUUUGCGGUGCACGUCGAGAAUACGCUGCCGAACCUUGUCAUAGGUGAUGAGAGGAGGAUCUUCCAUGUCCUCCUCCACAUGGUAGGCAAUCUCAUUAGUCGGAUCGACUCGGGGCAUGUCACGUUCCGGGUGCGUGCCGAUGACGAGGUGACCGAGGAUACCCUUGGGCAGAGGUGGGAUCCAUGGAGGCCAAGCUACUCAAGUGGCUACUCUUCGGUUAAGUUUGUUAUCGGGGUGAAGAGCCAGCAGAGUGCCGACUCGAUGUCAUCCCAGGGACAGUUCUUACGGAAGCCAAUUGGUGAGGGUUUUGAUCUCAGGCUUAGCUUCAGCAUGUGCAGAAAGCUUGUGCAGAUGAUGCAAGGGAACAUAUGGGCAGUUCUUGAUGGGCAAGGAGUGCCGGAGAGCAUGACCCUGGUCCUGAGAUUCCAGCUGCAACCACCCCUUGCGCCAUCCAGUACUGGAGGAUCAUUCGAGCAGCAAUACACAUCGCCGUCGUGCCAGCUAACAGGGCUGAAAGUCCUGCUCAUCGAUGACGACGACAUAAACAUGGUCAUUGCCCGGAAGCUCCUCGAGAAGCUUGGCUGUGUUGUCUCCUCGCUCCCCUCAGGAUCAGGGUUCCUGAACUCGGUCGGCCCCUCCUCGUCCGUGUAUCAGGUCGUCAUGGUGAACCUUGAGAUGACAAGGGUGAACGCGUUGGACGUCGCCGCCAGGGUCCGGCAGUACAGGAGCGGCCGCUGGCCCUUUGUGAUGGCCAUGACGUCCGAGCAGAGCGCGUGGGAGAAGUGCGCGCAAUCCGGGAUCAACGGCAUCCUCAGGAAGCCGGUCGUCAUGCUGGAAAUGAAAGAAGAGCUCACUCGAAUUCUUCAGAGCGCAUGAUGUCUGCAGGCUUGUUGCGAAGAGCUCUGAUCCAAAAUGGUGAAAAAGCGCCAUCGCUGUGACCGCUGACAAACCAGGGGCCCUGCCAUCUGGCAUCCGGAGAAAGAACCUGGAAAUCUUUGAUUAAAAGAAAGUCUUCUUUGAUGGAGCAAAUGCACAUUUGCCGUUGAGGAUUUCUUUUUCAGUUUACUGUUGUGCAGUAUUGCCUGUUGCCCUCCAGCCAGGAGCUCUGUGGCCAUGUCAUUUGUGCCAUAUACCAUCAGUAAGAUCGGAGGUACACCUGAGGAAGGUGCCUGUUACUUCGAUUCUUCAUAGAGAUCUAGGAUGAUAUGUGAUGGUCAGUGGUGGCAACAAGAUUUUGUGGCGCCGAACAGGAUUAUCGUAAGGAUGGAGGCGGCUGGACUGGAAGACUGAUUAUUCUGACAGAAGAUGAAGUAGAUGAAAAGAUUCAUCAGAGGUGUAUUUAGGAAAAGAUAUUGAUGGUUCAGUGAGGAAGCAUAAGUUUCCUUUAUCACUGGAUUGAAUGUAGGUAUGUAAUGUGGCAACAGAGUAUGUCGUAUUCAGACAAGUUCAAAGAUAAUGGAUUAUUCUGAGGACCACCGAGAAUUGGUUGAACAA